AUGGGAUCCUGGCUGGGCCAGCCCGGAUUGCUCGCCGAAUGUGGCGCAACCAAGUCCAACAUCAUUGAUCCGAGUCGACAAGAGAACUACGAGUUUCUGAAAGAAUUUUUCACCGAAGUUGUUCAGCUCUUCCCCGACGAAUACAUCCAUCUUGGCGGAGACGAAGUUUCGGCUUAUGUGGAGUGUUGGUAAGUAAAAAAUUGGUAAAAUACACUGUUUUACAUCCAUUUAGCUUAAAAUUAUGUGAAAAAAUAAUUUCAAAAUUUUUUGGCUGAAAUUUCGGCUAAAAUACGGAUUUGAAAUGUUGAGGUUUUUUGGGAUUUUUUGGGGAAAAUGAAAGAUUUGUGGUGUAAAAUACGAUUAAAGAUAUCUGAUUCUGCCUAUAUUUGCGUAAUUUAACAUUUUUCCUAUUUUUAACAUCUAAAUUUUGGCUAAAAAACGGUUUUGAAAUUUUGAUUUUUUUUAAAGUUUAUGUUUGUAUAGGGUAAAAUACGCAUGUGAAAAUCAUUGCAAAAUUUUAAUAUUUUCUUAAAAUUGAGAAAAAAAAAUUUUAACUAAUAAAAUACGCUAAAUUUCGGCUAAAAUACGGAUUUGAAAUUUUGAGAUUUUUUGGGAUUUUUUGGAUGAAAAUGAAAGAUUUUUGGUGUAAAAUACGAUUAAAGAUCUCUGAUUCUGCCUAAAUUUGCAUAAUUUAACAUUUUUGCUAUUUUUUACAUCUAAAUUUUGGCUAAAAUACGGUUGCGAAAUUCUGAAAUUUUUUGAUUUUUUUUUAAGUUUAUGUUGGCAUAGGGUAAAAUACGCAAGCUGAUCUCCUAGAUUUUUAUAAUUUUUCGAAUUUAAGAAAUUAGAAAAAAAUUUUAAGUAAUAAAAUACGAUUUUCAAAUUAAUUUUUUUUUUCAAAUUGUCCAAAUUUUCAUACGAUUUCAUUCUAUAAACCACUUUACUGACCGUAAAAACAAUUUUUUUCAGGACUAACAACCCUAAAAUCAUGAAUUGGGCCGAAAACCUUGGCCUAAACUCGACCCGAGGGAUUGAAGAGUAUUAUAUUGAACGCUUGAUCAAUAUUAUCACCGAAAUCACGGGCGAACUCAACAUUAGCAGGACUAUUCUGCUCUGGGAAGAAGCUGUCUACAAUAUGCAAAAGGUUGGUUGGCAAAUUUUUUAGAAAUCUGUAUAACACUCAGUCAGGUUUUGGGUCCCACCACGAAAACUUGAAAAGUGGAAAAAUAGAGUUAAAAUUGUAGGAAAAGGGUUGAAAUUUGCUAUAAAAGAGUUUUCUGGGUAAAGUUUGCAAAUGGUAUUCAACGGCGUAUUUUAAAAUUCAAACAUUCGAAUUUCCCGCCAAAAAUGUUUUCCUACCACGAAAGCCUGAGAAGCACUGAAACGCGAUAAAAAUUUUGCAAGUAGGUUCAUGAUGUCAUGUAAAAUUCACAGAAUUUUAUAUUUCGUAUCUUACAUUCGGAAUUUUUAGUUUUCAUCCAAAAAUUGGGUCCCGCCACGAAAACUUGUAUCUUUCCGAAAUGGAUCGAAAAGUGAGAAAAUAAGCUUACAGAGUUAUGCAUACCACAAAUAAUAAUAAAUCUUUGCAUUUUACCUUCAAAACUAGCUAUUUUCCAAAUUUUUGGGUCCCACCACGAAAACCUGAAAAUCGAGGAAACUGUAUAAAACUCCAUAAUACCAUAUUCUAACAUAAUUUAGAGCUAAAAUAAGCUGAUUUUACCUCCAGAAAUACCCCAAUGUGAUCGCAAUUCCAUGGUAUCGCUACGAUUCGAUGACUAAAACAACCAAACUCGGAUAUCCCUCGAUAAAUGCGGCCUGUUACUACAUCAACUACCUAAUGAGGCCUAAAGCGGAUUGGAGAGAACAGGGGAUUGCUCCACAAUACGGAGACUUCUACCACUGUCAUCCCAAAGACUAUGUUUAUCAGGGGAAAGAGGAGCUGAAUUUGGGUGGAAUUGCCACAAUGUGGGGAGAAUAUGAGGACAAGAACAAUUUAGAGAGUGAUUUAUGGUAGGUUCUGCAAUUUGAAAGCCCGUGGGUUACUGUAAUUUGAGACAGACACGUUUUUUAAUAGUUUUUGAGGUAAAAGUGUCUAAAAUAAGGUAAAACAUGGCCGGAAAUUGAUGAUAAUUAACGGAUAUGAAGUUUAAAAUGUUAUGAAUAUAAUUUAGAUUUGUUAGAAAGAAAUUACAGUACUAUAUAUUGUGAAAUUUUUCUUUUACAACAGGUUUAUGACCUUUUUAGGCCAAAAAACAUAUAAAACAAGGUCAAAAAUUAAUCAGAAUGGAUAAAUAAGAGGCUCAGAAGCUUACCUAUAUAUUUAAAAUAGCAUAAAAAGUAAUUACAGUACCCUUUGAAACAUAAGAAAUGUCUAGUGACAAUUUUAGUGGCGUUUUAAGUCAAAAAUCAUCAAAAUUAAGGUGAUUUACUGUAAAAAACAGAUGAAAUUGAAAGCCUAGGGCAUUCAAAAGGCUAUACAGACCUUCUGCCUUCCAUAAAAAGUAAUAGCCACAGAAUUUUUUUCAGGCCCCGAGCAGCAACAGUCGCUGAAAAACUGUGGAGUCCGUACGAGAAGACCCAGGACCCGAUUCCCGCGAUCCCCCGGCUUCAUCGGCUUCGCUGUCGAAUGAACUGGCGGGGUUAUCGUGCCUCUCCAACUGAUGGACCAGACUAUUGCGCAUUUUAG